GUGCGCGUUUUCCCUUCACUCGACUUUCGGGAGUUUCGGGGAGGCCAGUUCCGCUUGGGUCCACGCGAAGUGAACAGUGGUCUUCUAACCAAGAAGAGAUAUUUUUUCCUCGGGAUUGCAUCAUCCCGCGCGAGGCCCGAUAGUUAGGUCGUGUCGGCCUAGUGGUUGGGCCGGGGACCCGUUAUCCAGACCAACUACAAAGUCGACUUUCGGAUGAGCCCAGUUUCUUAGCAUCACUGUUACGUCGUGUCACCGUGUUAUCGUUAUUAACCUAAUUGUUGUGGUAAAUAAUAGUGAUACCAUGGAAAAUAUAGACUGUGGAAUAAAAAUCGUAGAUUUACUACGAAAGAUCGGUUGCGAAAAUUUGAUACCACUUUUCGAAGAACAUAAAAUUGAGAUGCAACAGAUACCAAAAUUAUUAGCAGAGAAAGAUAUGAUGCGUGAGCUUAUUCCAAAUAUUGGAGACAGAUUGAACUUUAUAAAUAAAUAUGAAGAAUUACUUUCCCAAGAAGAAAAUAAUGAUGUUUGUGUCAGUCACGUGGAAAAUGAUGUAUUAUUAACCUCAAUAAUAUUAGAAGAAAAAGAUCUGAUAUCUUCUAUCAAUACGGAUACCUCAGAUAGUAGUGGUAUUAUAAUAGCCCAAGACGAACAUCAGCAGAUAUGUAAUUCUGAAAACAUGUUGUCCAAAGAAAUACAUAUGCCUCACUUGAAUUUAACUGAACUACUUGAGCAAGCACCAAUGGGAAAAGCAAUUAUUUCCUACUAUAAUAAUCACAAUUGCCUAAAUGAUUGCUUGCGGAAUAGACUUGUGGAUAUCAUAAUGAGACAUGUAUUCUCAUAUCAUUGCAAACA